CUUCUAGCCGACGUUCGCGUUUUUCGUCGCGACGUUUUUUUCGAAACAAGACCCCAACGAAGAGCUCCAAACAGUUGGCUAGGAGUAGGCUCAUUCGAUCGCGUCCCUAAAUAGAAGCCAAUUGGCGCAAUAAACGGCAAGCAACGGCGGGUAGUUUAGAAAAGCAGAGAAACCCGCACAAAAGAAAACCGAGUUGUGCGGAAAACCAGUUAUGUAUUCGCCCCAAGUUCGCGCAGUGUUUCCUUUUUGUUGAGCCACAACAACAAAACAAGCAGAAAAUCCUGUCUACUUUUGCAGUUCCCCAUAAGAAAUUAAAAAGAAAUGUCAAUGAAAGUGUCGUGCAAUAAAGCCAAUUAAUCAAAUCAACAAAACAAGAUUUUCCCAUUGCGAUUUCCUGCGAACAACGCUUGUUUUAACUAGCCAAAAAAAUUUAAUUGUGCAACAACAACAACAAUAGCAGUAGCAGCGGAGUCUCAACAAUUGGCACAAUUGGCGAUAAAUCAGCAGCAGAAGAAGAAGACAGAGAAGUAGUGUGAACUUUAGCAGACGCAGCGGAAAAAAACACAAACAAACGAAAUAAUAGCGGUGCAUGCUAAAAAAAAGGGAAAACGAAUAAAUCUACGAGCAACGAACUGCAAGCGAGAGCAAGAUAGCUGACUCAUUAGCAUUUCGAACGCGGGGGAGUUGGAGUAAAAGUGCACUCUUCAACAAAAGAGAGAAGUAGCGAUAAGCGGCUCCAACUCAAGAGAGAAAUUUUUACUGGGAGAGGGGAGCAUCAAUAAAAACCAACAAAACAGGGAAAUUUAGAGGACUUAAAGAGCGUGACUUAAGAAAAAGGACCAGACGAAAUAUCUCGUAUUGAUUUCCCCUUUUUGCUAUUUUAGUUGGCAACCGUUGACAGUUGGCAUCAACACAGCGGGAGGCGCGGGGGCGGGCCAUCAGCAUGUGGCCCUAGACAAAAGCAACAACCAUAAAAAAAAGCAAACGACAACAAAAAGUGCAAAAGUAGUCAGGGAAUCGAGGGAGUGGGAGAACCACUUGGCAUUCGGGCAGCGAAGCAUAACCAUUCGGUUCGGUUUCGACCGGAAAAGCGUCGAUGAGUUGAGUGCCCCUCCACUUUGACUCCACUUCCAAGCCACUCCACCCUCUUCUCACCUGGAACCCUGAACCUCCGCAAAACUCCGUCCCCCGAAAUGGAUGCAUCGCCCCUUUCGCCGGAACAGGCUCCCACCAUCUUGGCCACCGGAAGGUCAUUGGACCAGCAGGUGGACGCCAGUUCGCCGAACCACUCGAACUACUCGAAUCUCACGAACAGCAGCAGCAGCGGCAGUAGUGCAAGCAGUCCCUCCGCCUGCUCCUCCACGUCUUCCUCCUCCUCCGCUCCGCAGUACAGUGCAGAUAUCCGAGCGGCUGCACUGCAUCCCCAACAACAACAACAACAGCAGCAGCAGCAGCUGCAGCAUAGAGGAUCUGCCUCUGGAUCAGGUUCAGGCUCAGGAUCGGCCAAAACCUGUGAGCUGGACUUGGGAGAGGAGCGAGAUACCUUUUCUCCGAUCUCCAGUCCGGAUUGCAACGGAGCCACCGCCGCCGUUGUGAACGUCCUGCCCUCUUCAAGUGGCUCUGUGGACAACAAAACCUACGAAGGAGGCACCAAGGUGAAGCCACCCUCGAAGGAGGAAAAACAACGGCAGAACGAGGAAAUCGUGUGCAUGGAAACGUCGACGGUGUCCACGGAAACUGGUUCCUGGGAGUCCAUGUAUCCGGCAGCGAAUGCUGCUCCACCUGAGCAGGCCGAGGAAACCGAAACAUCUUCGAUUUUCAAGGGCAUCAGUGCCAGUGCUUUGUUGCGGGAUCUGGAGAAGCGGGAUCAACCGUUGUCCACCUCGGGAACCAGUGCCUGCUUCAUAGACGCAUCCUCGUUAAGGGACGAGGAUGAGGUGCUGUCCUUUCCUAGCCUAGAUGGCCACGCCCAGGAGGAGGAGGUCGGACAGGAAGUGACCGCCGAGGGAGACGCAGAGCCCUCGCCCACAGAGCAACUGGAGCAGUUUCACAAGUCAUUUGCCAGGUGCAAAGGCGUCAAACAGAGGCAGAGGGAUCCGGAACCGGAGGAUCCAGUGGAGCCAGUGGACGAGCCGGUUGAGGAGCGACCUGCUCCCAUGUCGGUGCCGUACAGCUUCCAGCACAAUGCCCAGCACUUCAGUGUGCACCCCUUGGGCAGCAGUCCCAAGUUCACCCACCAUCAGCACCAGCACAACCAGAAUUCGAGUCAGCAUCAUCCCGAUCUCAGCUACACGACGGACUACUCCUCCAGCAGUCCGGCACCGAGUUUGGUGUGGUCGGAGCAGGGCAGGAACCACCAGGGUGCCUCCGCCUCCACGCCGCACAACUCCAUGGUGCACAUCGAACCCGCGUCGGCCGGCAGUAAUAACUCCUCGAUUCACAGGGACUACACGCUAUCUUCCUCACUGUCGCACCACCGGGAUUCGGGUGCCUAUUGCAGUGAUGCCACGGAUUCGCCGCUGCCAUUGCCCCGCACGCCCAAGCGGAGUUCCAAGUUCGAUGAGGCCAAUCCCAUUGUUUCCGGAGGAGCGUCCAUCGAGGACUUCCGGGAGAAGCAGUGCGAGAGUCCCAGCAUCAAGAGACGCACAGACACCUGUCCGAUUGUCUCGGGCGGAUUCGUUUCAUUGGACUUUGCACCCACUCGCCCGCUGGCGGAUGAGGACGACGACGAGGAUCUGGCCGAAGACGCUGAGAUAGCUGGGGUGGAAAUGCGCGUGAAGACGGGAGUGCCGAGGAAACCCGUGCCCGGCAUUGCCUCCUGGGUGGUGGACAUGAGUGACUGCCGGCCGGAGAGGAGGCGGAGCACCAGCAGCACAACAUCCAGUUUUCGCGAGAGGUCAGAUUCGAACAGCUCGCACAAGAGCGGCUGUGGUUUCUAUGUUUCAUUGGACGACAUGGACCGCAAGCCCCAGGAGCAGACACAAAAACCCACAGCAGUUGCUCCUCCAUCGCAGCUGAGCAAAUCCUACACGGCACCGAAGUCAGCGGGAUUCUUUGUGGAUCUCUCGCAGAGCGGUAAAGAUGAAGAGCUGGGCCCAAAGGACCAGGAUCAGCCUGAAGUAAAGGAGGAGUCCAAGCCGGAGCCCAAGAAUAUCUUCAGUAUGUUCAUAGAUUUUGGGGAGCAGAAGACACCGCGUUCGAAUGGCAGAAAAGAACCAUUGAGCUUGGCUCAGAGAUUGUCCAGCUCAUUGAGUUCCUCGGCUUCGAGGCGAGGCGACAGCGAGGUGAUGAAAUCCAGUGCCAGUUCCACGGAGACUCUGAUGGCUAAGAGUUCCAAUCAGAAGGAUAUGUCAGCAGGAACUGGCGAGAGCAAGUCCCUGGACUACAGAUGCAACCUGGAGCCUCCCCUUACGGUGGCUGCACUGCGUCGGCUUUCGCAGCAGCAUCGCCAGCAGAGCGAUCCCGCCAAGCGGCACAGCUGGGGCAGCAACAAUGGCCAGCCGGAGCAGGCAUCCGGCUCGGGAACGGGAGUGGGCAACGAUUGCAAGCGUUCCAUCAGCCUGACUGCCAAUGGAGCCACGGAUUCGGGAGCGGGUCUGAUGAGCAUCAUUGACAAGCUGCCCAUUAUAUCGAAGGCCUCGUCUCUGUCGAUCGAUAGCUCUGUCUCGCCCUACGACGAGUUGAGUGGUUCCAAUCCUGGCCUGAGCAGCUGCUCGGAGGAGGAGCAGGGUCAGGCACAGGGAAGGAUCAAGAAGAGGCGAAGGGAUGCUCAGUUGAACGAGACCUAUGACAAGUCCAGCUUGGCUUCGGUCACAGAGGGCAUUCUUUCCAAGGACAUGUCGCCAGCUUCCAACACCGACACCGAUGAUCUCACCUUCCAGCAGGACGAACAGCUGGCCAAGGAACAGGCGGCGGAUCUGGUUUCAAUGCCGCUCCAGCUGACGAGCAGCUCGAAUCGCACCAGCAGCGUAAUGGAAACCAUCAUCGAGGCUAAGGAGACGGCCUCGCCGAAGAAACAGGUCACCCUGAACAAUGGCCAUACCAUGGAGUCCCUGCACGCCACCAUUGAAAAGCAAAAGCAACUGCUGGAAACGGUCAAUGAGCAUGGAGAACAGACGGCGCAGCAACCCUCCCAGAUCCCCUCCAGCUUCGUGAAGCUCUCCGACAUGGAUAAACCCGUGAAGCACGACCUGCAGUCGCCGGAUUCGAUGAGCAAGAGCGUGGGCAACAACCACAGGAGCUCGCAGUUGGGCCAGCGACUCUACAGGGAUGAGAACCGUGCGCGUCCGCAUUCCUGGGCCAUGACACGAUCCACGGGCAACACGCUGCAGAACUUCACCAAUUCGGUGGACAACAUCAGGAGUCUUUCCCGCCUGUUCCCCAACUUCUCCAAGGAGUUCUCCAACUCACUGCCCAACGGCAUGACUCUGGAGCAGGUUCAGAGCCAGCAGGUGGACUACAUCCAAACGGAUCUCAGUGCGGACUCGAGCCUGGCCUCAAGUUUCAGCAGAUCGGGCAUGGAUGAGUCCUCGUUGAGCUGCAGGCAGCCCAGACGCUUGGGGGAGGAUUUGCUCAAGAUGUUCCUGCAGGAAAUCGCCACGGACAUGUUGGUGGAGGUGCAUGGUCGCCGCAUCCGGGCCCACAAGUGCAUCCUGCGCUCCCGUUGUCAGUACUUUGCAGCCAUGCUGGCCGGCCAUGGAUCGCAGAGCGUGGUCUCCUUGCAGGGCUACUCCUAUGCAGCGGUGCACUUUGCCCUGUGCCACAUCUAUUCGGGGGCCUCGCAUCCGCCGGAUGGCAUUAGCCUGAUGGAGCUGGCUGCUCUGGCCGAUCUGCUGGGACUGGAGGGCCUCAAGGAGGUCACUUCGCAUGCCCUGAAGACGAACUACUGCCACAACUUCCACAAGCCCUGCUCCGGUUGCACCGAUGGCAUCCUGCAGGUGUUGCCCGUGGCUCUGAAUCAUGCUCUGGAUGAUCUCUACAGGAAGUGCUUGCGUUGGACGUGUCGCCACUAUCUGAAAGUUUGGCCAACCAGGCAGUUUGCCCAGCUCCCGCCGGACAUACUCGGUCGAUGCCGCCAGCAGAUUGUUGCCUAUUUGACCUCGGAGACGGUCCUGGACACAGUGCUGGAUUGCGACCACCUGCUGGCCCAACUUUCGGCCUACCGAUGGGGUCAUGUCUGCGAGCAGCUGGUGCGCGAGAUCUUGGAAGCGGCCUACGCCUAUGUGGGCGACCACUUUGCCAGCUUGAUUGCCAGCGAUUCCUUCCUCUCGCUGGGCCACGACCGCAGCCGGCACAUUCCUCGCCUGGAGACCCUGCUCCUACACACGGCGGCUGAAUUGACGCCAGAGCAGGCUUGUCGCAGCUAUCAGCGGGUUACCCGCUUGAACACCGUUCUGCAGGCAAAGGUCAUCCACAUGCCAGCCAGUUUGGGCCAAUCCGAACUAGCAAGAGAACUGCAGGGUCUGCAGGAGGAACAGCUGGACUGGCAGCCGGAGUACAUCCGACUGGUGGGAGCCCUUGUGUACGCAGUUGAGCAGUGCCUCAUCCGGCAGUGCUCACGUGCCAUGCGCGUCACCGCCUGGCAGCGCAUGGAUCUGGAGCUGCGAAAGAAGAUCCAAACGCUGGCUCGUCUCACCGAACCGCUGGACAUGAAGCGGCAGAAUGGCAAGCCGGUGGGCAAGGCCUUCUCUUUUGGCGGCAGCACACGCAGCCAGGACCUCGUGCAGAUCAAGCUGGCCAUUCAGGCGCAGACAAAGCGCGCUCAUGCCCAGGAGACACUGCUGUACAAGGCCACGCAGACGCAGGAGGCGACUGGUGGAGCGGGUCACGUGCAAACUGCCGACAGAGGAGUGCAGGCGAAUCAUGAGUCGCGGGAGGGCAACAAACUACUGAAGUCCAAUUCCCGUGCAUAUGUUCCUCAUCGCGCCAGUUCCCAGGUAGCUUCGGAGCGCAACAGCCUGAAUCUUCAUCGACGCACUCAAUCGGAGGCUCCACCAGUGACCCACAAGAAACCAGCUCCCGUGGCGGCUCCCGCAGUGGAAGCUAAGACUGCUCAUGGAAAACCUACGGCGGUAACAGCCAAACUGGGCGAAGUUCGACCCCGUUAUCUGGAGCCACGCAAGCCAAGAGCUGCCGCUCCAACAGCUACAAACGGUCAUGGUUCUGGACCCGUGCGCAGUGCCACCAGCUCGAGCAUUCCAGCCAACGGAGGCAGAAAGGCACCGGCCAAGAACUUGCACAUUUCUUCCAGCGACAGUUCGCGGAACUCGAGUCCGGCGGCGCGCAGAGUGCAAAAUGGCACGCGUCUAGGCAAUAAGUCCAGCAAUCUCUCUAUGGACAGCUUGUCGUCGCCGGCGCGUCGAGCUAAGAGCACCUCCAGGGGUCCACAGGACAGAUACUCCUCCGACCAGAACUCGCUGGCGGAGAGCAUGAAGAGUUCUGUGAUUACCAACAAAACGAUCUCACACGAGUCGCUCUCUGGCAGCUCGAAACUGGCCCGGAUCCAGCAACUAAAUGGCCACGGAAAAGGUCCUGCGACGGGAAAAAUCAAGGCCACACAACGUGGUACCACGGUGGGCAACAAAUCAACGCGUCAGUUGAAGCAGCAGCACAAUGCAAUGACUUCCAACGGUUCAAGCCCUAGUUCUGUGCACACGACCAAGUCGGCAGCCAGUAGGUUGUCCUCCGUUAGCAGCACACUUUCCACGCGGGAGCUGUUCAAGCAGCGCUCCAUUUCAGUGCCCGCCGGCGGGGCAGAUGGAGCGCCAAACAAGGGACGACACAGCUUCCUUUCGGCCAAGUCGCGCGAAAUUCUGGCCAAGCGGGCGGAGAAGAACAAGCUGCAGCAGCAGCAACAGCAACAGAAGCAAACCGAAGCGCCGGUCGAGGAGCGUGGAUCAGUUCAAUUGCGCUCUUCCGCCGGCCCCCUGCGCUCAUCCUCACAUUCCGCGGUAUCAAGCAUGCUGCAGCAGCACAAUCUGCGCAACAGCCUGCCCUCCAGCAUUCCCACCAGACGCCCCAAUACGCUGCACCUGAAGAAAACCACGGCAGCGAGUAAUGGCGUGGGUGGCCCAACUAAGAUAGCCACCAAUGGGCUGGCGAAUGGAACCUACAAGUCGGCCCAGGCGGUAAAACAGAAGCUAGACCUCCUCAUCGAUGCCCAGAUGGAGAGUGGGGCGCCCAAGGAGCGGGUUGAGUCAAAGUUGGAGCGCUCCAGCACCUUCUGCAAGGACAGCGCCGAUCUGGACAUCAGCGAACUGCAGAUUGUGGAAUAAUCAAAAAGUGAAAGAGGAGCAACAGCAUCAACAUGGGGUCGUAUCAAAUAUGACGCCCAAAAUGGAUACGAACCCGAAUCCAAUACCGUACACGUCCCAUAAGGCAACACUAGUCAAUAAUCUAGCAUGCAGCUGCCGUUGCAGUUGGCGCAUG